CUUUCACGUUCCAAAAUUAUCUACUUUUUCGUUGCCUACAUUUUGAUGUAGCAGAAGCGGCUAAUUUAUGGCGGUGUCUGCUAAAUUUACCGCCGCUAUCACCAUUGACUAGCACUUACUCUACAUUUAGCGUAGUAAACAUAGACGAACGAGUAGUAAGACCUGGGUGUAGUUGCACUUCUCCCGACGCGCCUCUUCGUGCGGUGUAUUUGUAUCCGAGGUUGUCGUGCUCCUUCCAAAGUGUUCAUUUACUUAAGAGUCGCCGACACGUGACGUCGACAGAUCUUAGUUAUGCUUUGAAUUGUUGAUAUAUCAUUUUAAGAGAUAGAUUUUUUGUAAAUAUUGUCUGUAAAUAAUAACGAUAGCACGCGGAAGUUUCAGUAAAAAUUUGGUCGAGUUAAUAUGAGUGACACCCAGCAAGUCGUUUCGUUCGCACAUUUUAAUCAGCAUUUUUCUGGCCCUUUCGUUCAAUCAGAAAUGAAAAAGGAAUCGAUCAAUUACAAUGAGCAGUGUACGUGCAAUUUUUCUACUCUAUUCAGUGGAAUGACAUUGAAAGACGGUAAUCAAUUCAACACGGAUAGUAUAAUGUUCAAUUACCCUCAAAAUGAAGAAAAUAAUAAUACGAAUAAAGUCGGAAACAAUCAGUAUUCUCUGGAUGCAUAUUACAAGCAAGAUAAUAACGGUGACACGCAACUACAUGUCGCUAUAAUUAGAAAGUACUUUCAAUCGGCUUUCAAUCUGAUACGGAUGGCUCCGAAUCCUUCGGUGCUCGACAUUCUGAACGACGAUUGCGAAGCGCCGCUGCACGUGGCCGUGUCAAUGCACCAGCCACGCACUGCGAGACGUUUGGUCAUCGCCGGCGCGAAUCUCAACGUAGAAAAUUCAAACGGCGACACACCACUGCAUUUGGCCUGCUCGAACGGAGACAUCUAUUGCGCCAAGGCCCUGACUUAUCCCGUUGCUUCGAACGAAGUCAUUUGGCUGGGCCGAGAAAAUUCGUUGCCGAUCGUGAAGCAAAAUUUGGAGCAGAUCAACAAUGACGGAUUAACUUGUUUACACUUGUCUAUAAUAAACGGCAAUUUAGAUUUGAUACGAUAUCUAUUGUACAUUGGAGCAAACUUGGACACGCAAGAUUUAAAAGGAGGAAGGACUGCGCUUCACUUAGCCAUUGAGAUGCGAAAAUACGAUAUCGCUCGACUGCUGGUGAGCGAUUAUUCACCAAAUUUUGAUAUCAUGUGUUAUUCAGGAUUGACGCCAUAUGACUUUGCUUAUCGAUCGAAUAUUCAAUUUGCCCACGAAUUAUUGAAGCUUGGGGUUCAUAAAUCUUUUUCAACUAGUGAAAAAAGUGAUGAUACUUCGAGUGAAGAAGAUUUCACAGAAAGUGAUUAUGAUGCGGAUAAUGAUAAUAUAGAUCAAAAAUUCACUUGUCAAGUUUCAAUUGAAGUUGGUUUGACGAAUUAUUAAAAGAUUGUGUAAUUGAAAACUACUAUUGAUUGAUUCGUAUUUUAUACCACAGCUGUAAUCUGAAAACGCAGAUAAAAGUAUUGGAUGCAAAAAAAGAAACACUUUGCAACUAAAGUUUUAUUUUUCGAUUCUAUUCUAAUAUUUUCUAAAAUA